UACUUUUUUAAAGGUUCGGAGCAAACGAAGGAUGCGAUGUGAGAUCGUAUCGAGGAGAAGUUCUUCACAGCAAUGAACAAGAACGGCUCCUAUCGUACCCGGGACCAACUCACUUCCAAAUGGAGCGACAUCAACCGUAAAGUCCGAAAGUUUAUUGGAGUUUACGAGGAAUGCACCGGGUCCCGGAGGAGCAGGACGAACGACGCCAAUGUUCUCUGGCUUGCCACGACCCGAUAUAUAUCAAGAUGGCGGGCACCAAGGCAAGGUGCCCAUCGAUCUUUGGAGGAUUUUGAGCCGUUCACCGAAGUGGCAACAACUCAACAAUCCCGACGACGGAUUGUCAAAGAAAAGAUCCUUCGUCGACGCCGAGGUUGAGGUGGACGACACUAUCGGUUCGUCCGAACAAAUGCCUCCCUUCAACGUUGCGGAUUCCGAUGACGAGGACCCCAUUCCACGGCCGAUCGGAAGAAAGAAGGCAAAAUUCAUUGCCUCAGGUUCUGGAGGGUCCGGAUAUGUUUCCGUUUCUUCUCGCGACGAUAUCGGUCGGGAAAUGGUUGAACAACUUCGGGUGUUCAAUAUUCGAGAAGAAGAGAGGAUGAAGCGAAAGGAGAAGGACGAGAUCAAAAUCAUGAAAACCGACCUUUCUACGUUAUCGGGCUUCGAACGGAUGAUUUUCGAGAGAAGACAAAAGGAGAUCAAGGCCAAAUAUAAUUUACCUUAGUUUUUUAUAUUAAUGUAUCUUUUUUUAUUGUCUCUUUCUUUUUUUUAAUUUAACGAAUGUAAUUUUUUAAAUUAUUGUUGUUUCAAUUUUUUAAAUUUAAUGAAUGUAUUUUUUUUAAUUAUUCUUCUUUCAAUAUAAUUAAAUAAUAAAAUAAUUAAAUUUUAUUAAUUUAG